AUGCCUGCACCCUUGUGCUGGUCAUCCGUCAGGAUAUACGUGAUACGUUUGAUCGCCCUAUUGUGCGCCUGUUCGCUCAGUUUUGGCAGCCAUUUCGGUCGGGAGUUUUUAGGACCUCUAAAGAGUAGCUUGAUCCGCGACAUUGGAACCACAAAUUUGCAGUUCUCCGCAAUUCUCGCCUCCUAUUCGGUGAACAACACAUGGACACCCCUUGUUGCUGGAUUCCUAGCCUCAAGACUUGGUACAGCUCGCUCAAGCUUAUUGGCUACGUCUUUGAUUCUUAUAGGCCAGUUGGUGCUACUUUGGGGCCGCAACGCUGCCUCUAUUAAGUUAAUGGCCGCUGGGUUGUUUGUAUUCGGCCUUGGGGUCUCUCCAAUUUCUGUCGUCCAGGAAACUAUUAUUGUGCGGUUCUUCUCCGACCAUGGAUUGGGUGUAUCUCUUGCAUUCGGUCUCUUAGCCGGGAAAGGGUCAUCCUUCAUUGCUGCCUUCACAAGCUAUCCUUUAGCUCAAAGCCUAGGACCACUCGCCCCUUUCGUAGUUUCGACUCUAUUCGCUAGUUUUUCAUUCAUCAUCAAUCUGAUUUAUCUGUUCGGAUCAAGAUGGCUGGCCAAUGGAGCAGGUGUGGAACUCGAGGAGGCAGAACAGAAAGCCGAUUAUGUACUGAUGGGCGGAGAUGAUGCACUGCGAGUUGCUACGGAAAAGAAGAAGGUCAUCCUCAGAGAUAUGACGAAGUUGGGUGACGUCUUUUGGACAUACAUUGCGUUCAAUUUUCUUUGCGGGUGGAUUUGGAGCCCAUAUUUCAAUAUCGCAGCGAAUCUCUUCCAAGUAAGAUAUGAGUAUUCGGAGUACGACGCAGGCAAGAUUGCAUCAUUCUUGCAUGCUGGUAGUAUCAUCCUUUAUCCUAUUGUUGGAUUCAUAACGGACAGGUUUCAGGGAAGAUCAACGAUGUAUAGAUUGUGUCUUCUUUCGUCGGCUUUCACUCUGCUCGGAUAUUGCUGGCUAUUACUUCCGCCACAUCUCACGCUUUCGGCGCUUCCUGCUGUUUGCCUUUUUACUUUUGGACAAGGAUUCGCCACUCUACUUUUGGUUCUUAUUGUACCCAAGAUUGUGCCUCGUAGACACGUCCCAACUGCUUUGGGAGCUCAUAAAAGCAUGGAGCAGGCCGGCGCUACGAUAUCUGUCACUGUAGCUGGUUACCUACUUGACAGAAGAAAGACGUCCCUUUCCCCACCUAAAACACCAGCACCACGCCUUAAUCAUUUGCCUUCCCAUCACUCUGGGGUUAAAGCACCGGGAAAGCUACCGACACCUGACGCAGUCUUCCGAGUUCUCUUUUGGUUUGCGAUGUUUAACAUAGCCCAGUUCAUCGGCAUCCAUUUUUUAUAUAGACUCGACUCAAGACGACAUGGCGAGGAACCCUUUGUCUCAAAUAACGAGGGUGCCACUUCUGCUUAUGAACCAUUAUCAUCUCAGGAUGGGGAAGAUCGCUUCGUCGACGGAGAUCCUGUAGGGUCUCUGGGAGCGGAUAGACUUUCGGAUUCGGAAGCUGAAGCCGUUGGCAUUGGCAAUGAUGGAUUGUCACUUAACAGCCAUCGCAUGGGCCGAUUGUCCACCCUGUCAAGCGAGUCCUUACUCGAUCUGGAUCGAUCAGGCAGUCGCCGCCUAUUGAAUUCUCGGUCUUCUAGAGAUUCAAGCAGAUUUAGGGGUGUUUUAGACGAUAUAAGCCUACCACCUCAGGAGCAUUCGAGGGGAAAGGCAUUCUUUAUUCUCUCCGGGCUAAUCAUCUUUGGUGCUUGGGUAUUUUAUGUUGUUUCUCUCGUGCUAGAUUUUCGCGGAUAUUAG